GAAGUCUCCUAACGCCUCACAUGUUACAGCAGCAGCAGCAGCAGCAGCAGCAAGCAAGCAUGGUGAAGAGUGGUACACCAGGUGGUAAGAUCAACAGACCCAAAACAGAGCUGGGCAAGAAGCUCUACAAGCGGAGGAGGAAUCUGACCCGUGAGAAGAGGAAGAGACACAUCAAGGUGGGAGCUGUGGUGGACGAAGGACUCACCACCAUCCACCAUCUCAGGAAGAGAAACUCCAGCCCCAGAGCAAACAUCACUCUGUCUGGGAAGAAAAAACGCAAGCUGCUCAAACAACUUCAACACAUGAAAGCAGAGAAGGCCGCUGUGGAAGUUGAGGCAGCCCCGACGAAGGCGAAGGCAGCCCCGACGAAGGCGAAGGCGGCAGCUAGUGACGAGAAAGGGGCUGUGUCCCAGGUGGAUGUGGACAUGGCAGAUAUGGAAUGAGAAGAGGACUAGAGGAAGAUGAGAGACUGUUCUGUUGGCUCCAUGUCAAUAAGACCAGGCCGGGCCCCAUAUUCAGACCAGGCCGGGCCCCAUAUUCAGACCAGGCCGGGCCCCAUAUUCAGACCAGGCCGGGCCCCAUAUUCAGACCAGGCCGGGCCCCAUAUUCAGACCAGGCCGGGCCCCAUAUUCAGACCAGGCCCCAUGUUCAGAUCGGACCGGGCCCCAUAUUCAGACCGGACCGGGCCCCAUAUUCAGACCGGGCCGGGCCCCAUAUUCAGACCGGGCCGGGCCCCAUAUUCAGAAAGCGUGUUUGUGUAUCUGAAUGCCGUCAUUGUAAAUAAGAAUUUGUUCUUAACUGACUUGCCUCGUUUUUAAAUAAAAACAAAUGUUAAAAACAGA